GCCCAAUUCUUGCAUAAGAACGGAGUGCAACGAUACGUAGCUUAGAGAUUUAGGGUUUCAAGUAGAAGUGUAGAAAGGGAAGAAUGGCGGUGAAGUCAAUGAUGGUGCGUCCAUACGUGUUAUCAGCCUCCUGCGCCCUUAGUCGAGCUCUGCCAUCCUUAUUUUCUCAACCAAGGAAAACACAGUUAGUAUUGCUGCACCAUAGAGCAAUCAGCAAUGAAAACAGGAGGAAUAUGAGACUGGAAUAUAGUGGUGUGAGGAGAUUCAGUCCUCGAUCCUCGAGCGUGGGCAAUGCUGGCUCCAUCGACUCCCCCCUCAUAGAGUCCAUGAAGAAAAAGAUCAAGGAGGAGCUAAAUGCUGAAUCCGUUAGCGUAGAAGAUCUGAGUGGGGAUGGCCGACAUGUGGUCAUUGAUGUCGUCUCCUCGUCGUUCGAGGGACAGUCGGCUGUAAAUAGGCAGAGGAUGGUGUACAAAGCCAUAUGGGAGGAGCUUCAGAACACAGUUCAUGCAGUUGAUCAGAUGACUACCAAAACCCCGGAUGAAGUUUCUGGUAAGAAGUGAUCAAAGCGUUUGUUGAUGAAGUUUAAUUGUUGCAUUUGUUAGCCAGUGGGUGGAUUGUCGUGGUGAAUAAGAUUUUAUCUUAAAUGCCACCGCGUCCGGGUUCAAACUCUCCCCUCCCCUUAGUCUAGUGCAAAAACAUUGUUGCAUUUGCUAUGCAUCCUGAAAUAAGAUUAUUUUUUUGAA